ACAUGUUAUAUUUUACCUGACAGGACAUGAAGAUCCAGAUAAUGGAGUUCCUCGCCUUUCUAGAGUGGAUAUGGAUAAGCUUCUUUUUGAUCCCAACGGGUGGGCUUCUAUUAGGUUAGGUAUCAACAUGCCAACAAGGGUUGAGCGAACGGUGAGAAGAAGUAACUGUGAAAGUCAGCUGGUUGGAGAGCAAACCGGAGAAUUUUAUGAUGUGAUUCUAUAUUUUGGAAUAAUAGACAUCCUACAAGACUAUGAUAUCAGCAAGAAGCUUGAGCAUGCUUAUAAAUCAAUGCAGUAUGACCCCACUUCUAUCUCUGCUGUUGAUCCGAAGCAAUAUUCAAAACGCUUCCGGGAUUUUAUCUUCAGAGUUUUUGCAGAAGACACUUGAAAGGUAUGAGUUAACCCGAAAAUUCUCAACCUGCCCUAGAGUGGCUUUCUGGUCCUCAUCAUAAGAUGACAGCAAAUUACCAGUAACAAGGUUACUAUUUCGGCUACCAGUGAGCUGCAUUUCAAAAAUGGCAUGCAGCUGCCAAAUACAAUACACAAUUUUGUGACUACUCCGAGUUAUGAUCUAGCUUGAUCAUCGUCUUUAUUAAUUUACACUUAACAAUUUUUUAUAUUGGUCUAAUGGAGAUAUAGGUGAAACUCGAAACGGUUACUCAAAGCUGUUUCGGAGAUAAAUGAAAUUAACUGAAUUGUGGAUAUGUAUUCGAAUUGAUUCUUUUUGUACCA